AGCAGCGAGCGGCAGCGUGCUACAUAGAAAAAGCCGAUUAGUCUACGUGUUAGUGUUAUUCGCUAAUUUAUUAGCUCGUAACGUGUAUUAAAAAAAUAUCCAAAAUGUGCGGAAUCUGGGCAUUAUUUGGCGGCAGUGAAGAUUUAUGUCCACUCUGUACGGAAAGCUUCUUAACGAUCCGUCACCGUGGACCUGACGCAUGGAGGUUCGAGGCUGACGCUCGGGAACCAUUUGCGAUAUUCGGUUUCCGACGAUUGGCUAUCGUUGACGGAUUACAUGGCAUGCAACCCAUGAGAUUGCAUCUUUAUCCUCGCACAAACUUAAUUUGUAACGGAGAAAUUUAUAACUGCAAGCGUUUGCAGGCGCAACACAAAUUCCCGUAUGAAACUAAAUGUGAUGUGGAAGCUAUAACCCACCUUUAUCACAACUUUGGCUUCCAGAAAACCGUUAAAAACCUUGACGGCGUAUUUGCAUUUUGUCUAGUCGAUGGUGAGAAGAGAAAAGUCUGUGUCGCUCGGGAUCCUUACGGGGUGCGCCCACUUUUCGAAUAUUGGGAUGAGGAAAGGGGUGUCUUAGGUAUCUCCUCAGAAGGCAAGGGUCUGAUUAAGUUAAAACAGAACGGCAGCGGCAGUUCAACGUUAAGACAAUUUCCGCCAGGCCAUUACGCGCAAUGGAGUAUAUUAGACGACGGUAAAGUAAAACUUGAUUUUAUCGAACGAUACACGUCGCCUGGUAUGCCGCCUAACUUCCUGCCAUACGUCCCUGAAGCAGAGUUAGAUGGCAAGAGUAUAGAAGAAAAAACGGCGCGACUUUUAGAAGCUGCGUGCGAAAAGAGAUUGAUGUCCGACAGGCGUAUCGGAUGUCUUCUCAGCGGUGGCUUGGAUUCAUCGCUCAUUGCCGCUUUGGUAGUAAAACUUGCUAAAAAACACAACUUGCCGUACAAAAUACAAACAUUCGCCAUAGGAAUGGGUGACUCUCCUGAUUUAGUUGCUGCGCGAUCAGUUGCGGAUCAUUUAGGUACAGAGCAUCAUGAAGUGCAAUUUGAUGAGAACGAUGUAAAGGAAGCUUUAGACAACGUUAUUUAUCAUUUGGAAACCUUUGAUAUCACAACGAUACGCGCCAGUUUGCCUAUGUACUUGCUCUCGAAGUAUAUUAAGGAAAAGACAAACACUACUGUGGUUUUCAGUGGGGAAGGUGCAGAUGAAUUGGCACAAGGCUACAUUUACUUUAGAGACGCGCCUUCAGAGAAUAUUGCACACGAGGAGAGCUUGCGUUUGCUCUCAGACAUUUACUUGUACGAUGGCCUCCGUGCUGAUAGGACGACAAGUGCGUUCAGUUUGGAGCUGCGAGUCCCAUUCUUAGAUAUUCAAUUUACCAACCACUACCUGAGCGUAGAUCCGAAACUAAGGCAACCACAGAACGGUAUUGAAAAGCAUUUGUUGAGGAGUAGCUUUGCUAACAGUGGCUUGUUGCCGGAUACUAUUUUGUGGCGUCAUAAAGAGGCCUUUAGCGACGGAGUUGCGUCUGUUAAGAAGUCAUUGUUCACUAUCAUCGGAGAGGUGAUAGCUGAGCGGUCUAUAGAAGAGAACGUGAUAUAUCCAGGUGUACAGCCAACAACAGCGGAGUCUAAAUAUUAUCGAUACAUUUUCGAGAAAUCGUAUCCGGGUCAACAUGUGUUCACUCCGUACUACUGGAUGCCCAAAUGGGUAGCGGGGGUUACAGAUCCUUCUGCCAGAUUUAUACAACAUUACAAGGCUAACUAAAUAAAUCCUUAUUUUUGACAUUCUUAAUGCGAUAAUCGCUUAAAAGAGCAAAGCUCUUGCUAUAAGUUUAAGUCAAUUUUACCUAUCAUAUUAAGCACAAAAAUUAUAAAAUCUCUCAUUAACAUUUUUUUUUCAUUUUAGUUGCAAAUACUGAGUAAUUACAGUACCCGUGUUCCGCUAUCUUGAUUUCUAUGUACGUUACUUAUUUCUACGUAACUUACAAUUCAAGUCUAGCAAAGUGUGUUAACUCCAAUAAUUGACUUGCGGCGUUCCGUGGAAGUUAGCUCUCAUUAUUCCCUGGACGAUUUGGAGACCCCCUUUGGUAUUAAAGUAAAGAGAAAUUACCUCUAAGAUAAUGAUUGUUAGUGCUUUAAGCACUUGUUUUGUUGUUCAUAGUUUAAGUGUAUUUAAUACACAAUUUUUGUUAAUUUUACUUCUAUGUAAGUGUUGAAUUUUAAUGCAGUUUAAGCCGUCUUGCAUUUCAUGUCCAAAAAUAAAGAAAAUAUGACGUCCCUGCUGGAACUUUAUUAUGCCCUCCUGAUACUUUGUACUUUGACGUUUGAUACGUGACAUGCUUUUCUUAGACUCGGUCUAUGAUGGUAUCAAGAUUUCAUAAUCAGCCCCUCUAUCUUUUAACGGAAAAUGCAUUUUAUUGGUUGUUUUUGUGUUAUAAGUUUUUUUUGAACCAUUGUGAUGUUAUAUUAGGGAAUACUGAGAGUAUCGUUACCUUUUCUGAAGCAGAUUAUAAUUGUUGUUUAACUUGCAUAAUAAAAAAUUCGAUUUUGUGAUCUGAAUAAUGGAGUAUUAUUUACUUAUAUGUAAGCUGUGAGUUCUAAUAAAAAUAUUUUGAAGAUAAA